UGGCGGCGGCGGUGGUGGCGGCAGUGGACGGGGCGGCUGGGCGUGGAGCAGUCGGAGCAGCCUCUGGCAGAAGGAUGACCCAAGACAGGAAGCGGGCUGCUGAGCCUCGCCGGCUCCCGUGCUUGUAACUGCCCCAGCCGGACACCCCCCCCUUGACCUACCCGUUCUUCAGUGAAUCUACAGACCUAUUUUCUCAGGAGCUCAGCCUGGCCCUACUUCAGUGAUAAAGGAGGAAAGGCUGGCUGCAGUAAACAUCAUUCAAGAUGUCCAGCAAAGGGAGCAGCACAGAUGGCAAAACAGACUUAGCUAAUGGAAGCCUGUCUAGCAGUCCAGAGGAGAUGUCUGGUGCUGAGGAGGGGAGGGAGACAUCCUCAGGCAUUGAAGUGGAGGCCUCAGACCUGAGCUUGAGCUUGACCGGGGAUGAUGGUGGCCCCAACCGCACCAGCACAGAAAGUCGAGGCACAGAUACAGAGAGCUCAGGUGAAGACAAGGACUCUGACAGCAUGGAGGACACUGGCCAUUACUCCAUCAAUGAUGAAAACCAAGUCCAUGACCGCUCAGAGGAAGAAGAGGAUGAAGAAGAGGAGGAAGAAGAGCAUCCUCGUCGUCGUGUACAGCGCAAGCGGGCCAACCGUGACCAGGACUCAUCAGAUGAUGAGCGGGCCCUGGAGGACUGGGUGUCCUCGGAGACGUCAGUCCUGCCCCGACCUCGCUGGCAAGCCCUUCCUGCCCUUCGGGAGCGGGAGCUGGGUUCAAGUGCCCGCUUUGUGUACGAGGCUUGUGGGGCAAGAGUCUUUGUGCAGCGUUUCCGCCUGCAGCAUGGGCUUGAGGGCCAUACUGGUUGUGUUAAUACCCUGCACUUUAACCAGCGCGGCACCUGGCUGGCCAGUGGCAGCGAUGACCUGAAAGUGGUGGUUUGGGACUGGGUGCGGCGACAGCCAGUAUUGGACUUUGAGAGCGGCCACAAAAGCAAUGUCUUCCAGGCCAAGUUCCUUCCUAACAGUGGCGAUUCCACCCUGGCCAUGUGUGCCCGUGAUGGGCAGGUUCGGGUAGCAGAGUUGUCUGCUACACAGUGCUGCAAGAAUACAAAGCGUGUGGCCCAGCACAAGGGAGCAUCCCACAAGUUGGCCCUGGAACCAGACUCUCCCUGUACGUUCCUAUCUGCAGGUGAAGAUGCAGUUGUCUUCACCAUUGACCUCAGACAAGACCGGCCAGCUUCGAAACUGGUGGUGACAAAAGAAAAGGAGAAGAAGGUGGGGCUGUAUACAAUCUAUGUGAAUCCUGCCAAUACCCACCAGUUUGCAGUGGGUGGACGAGAUCAGUUUGUAAGGAUUUAUGACCAGAGGAAAAUUGAUGAGAAUGAAAACAAUGGAGUACUCAAGAAAUUCUGCCCUCAUCACCUGGUGAACAGUGAGUCCAAAGCAAACAUCACCUGUCUUGUGUACAGCCACGACGGCACAGAGCUCCUGGCCAGUUACAAUGAUGAAGACAUUUACCUCUUCAACUCCUCUCACAGUGAUGGGGCCCAGUAUAUUAAGAGAUAUAAGGGCCACAGAAAUAACGCCACAGUAAAAGGCGUCAAUUUCUAUGGCCCCAAGAGUGAGUUUGUGGUGAGCGGUAGUGACUGCGGGCACAUCUUCCUCUGGGAGAAAUCAUCCUGCCAGAUCAUUCAGUUCAUGGAGGGGGACAAGGGAGGCGUGGUAAACUGUCUUGAGCCCCACCCCCACCUGCCUGUGCUGGCAACCAGUGGCCUAGACCAUGAUGUCAAGAUCUGGGCACCCACAGCUGAAACUUCCACUGAACUUACAGGGUUAAAGGAUGUGAUUAAGAAGAACAAGCGGGAACGGGAUGAAGAUAGCUUACACCACACCGACCUAUUUGAUAGCCACAUGCUCUGGUUCCUCAUGCAUCACCUGAGACAAAGACGCCAUCACCGGCGCUGGCGAGAACCUGGGGUUGGGGCCACAGACGCAGACUCGGAUGAGUCUCCCAGCUCCUCAGAUACAUCGGACGAGGAGGAGGGCCCUGACCGGGUGCAGUGCAUGCCAUCCUGAGGCCUCGUACCCAGGAGAGGCAGGCUGGGGCUGCCAACCCGAUCCUGCCUGGGCAGCCCUUUCCUGUCCCAGGCUCUAACAUUCAGCAGAAACGCACUUUGGACUUUUUUGCUUUAGAUUUAAAAAAGAAAGAAAAAAAAGAAAAAAAAAAGACAUCCCAGGAGGACAAGCCAGAGGGGAGCAAACCUACAGAGUAUCUAGAAGUGGGAAUUGAGCCCUGGAAUGGGGUUCCAUGGAGAGGUGCAUAGGACUCGGCAGAAAUGGCCUCUCCCCAAAGCCUUUUUUUUGGGGGAGGGGGGAGCCUAUUUUGUUAACUGGUUUGGGGUAGGAAAUGGGGUUUCCUUUUCUUUGAUCUCCCUUGUUUCU